GUGGCAGUCGCCGUAUGUCGAGCGGCGGACUGGACAAGGGCACCGGCGACCCGCUGCAGGGUGGCGCCAGCGGCGGCUCCACGGCGUCCUACGCGCAGCCGACGGCACAGAGCGUCCACCGCGCGGGCGAGGUGCGGGAGCAGAUGGGCGAGGCGCGCGCAGUCUGGGAGCAGAACAGCAUCGCCAUGGUGGAGGGCACGCCCCAGGGCCUCCGCAAGCUGCUGAGGGGACAGUUCGGCACCUGCGUCUGUGGCUGGCGGAGGGCGCUAGACAGCCAGAGCGCCUACAGGCUCGGCGAGGUUGCCUUCGUCAAGGCGCUGCGGGACAUGGGCGUCCCCAAUGCGCGCGACAUCUUCUUCGACCUGGGCGGGGGUGACACUGGCCACGUGCAGCUGAAGGACGUAGACCCGGGAGGGGCGGCGCUGCUGGACAACUUCUACCGCUUCUUCACGCGGGGCGUCGGCCCGCUCGCGUCCUUGACGGCAACCGGCGAUUCCCAGCGGCUCACCCAGAACCAGUUUCUGCAGGCGUGCAAGGUGAUCCAGCGGCGCCAGGGCGAGUCGGGCGGGAUCGGGCGCGAGGGGCUCGAGGGGGUCUUCCGCGCGCUGCAGCUCGGCGGCAAGGCGGGCGUCACCGCCGCCGACCUCGCCUGGCUGGAGGACCUCUGCAACCCGCCAGAGAGGGCCGACCUCUCGGCGCGGCCCCUGUGGCAGCUGCGCCCGCAUGAGCAGAGCUCCAGGCCUGCUGCGGAGGUGCGGCCCAUGGUCAGCACGCGGGUGGUCGACAGGUUCUUGGCCGCCCUCCGCAGGAGCUUCGGCGGCGUGGUGCAGGCGUGGCGUCAACUGCUGGACCCCGCGGGGAAGUCCGACGUGGGCCUGGAGGGGCUGCAGGCCGCCUGCAAGGAGAUCGGCUUCGAGGGGAGCGUCGAGGAGCUCUGGCGGGCUCUCGUGAGGCCGCCCAGCCAGGCGCUGAGGCUGGACAUGUUAGAGCCGCUCGCGCCGGUCGCGCUGAGGACUUUCAUGCAGUGCUGCUGCGAGCGCUUCGGCUCGGUCGCGCAGGCCUUCCGGAACUGGAGCACGGCGAAAGGCCCGCUCGUGACCCUGAAGGAGUUCUACACCUUCUGCGACGAGGUGCGCAUGCCCAGGAACCAGCGCAUGCUGUUCGAGCUCCUGGACGCGCACGGCGCUGGCAUGAUGUCCAUGGCCGCCGUGGACUACAACUCGGCCGUGGAAGUAUUCGGCGCGGACGCGUGCCAGGAGGCCGAGGACAACCUCGCGGGGCUGGCCGAGGAGGCCGAGGAGAGCGGCGGCAAGGCCAGGGCCCGCAGGUCGCUGUGGGCCCAGCAGCGCGAGCUCUGCGCCGCCUCCCGGCGGCCGCCCGAGGAGCGGCGGAGCCGGCGGAGGGAGCUGACGCGGCUGCUGGAGGCACGGUUCGGCUCCCUCGUGCGCGCGUGGCACAAGCAGUUCGACAUCAAGGGUGCGGGGAAGAUCAGUCGCGAGGCGUUCUUUGAGGCGUGCGCGGCCGCCGGGUUCCACGGCGACCAGUCUGCUUUGUGGAAGGAGCUGAAGUUGGAGGACGGUUCUCAAGUCAAGUUCCGUGAUUUGGCGCCUGAGCUCGUCGGUGCGGCCGGGAGCUUCAAAGAGAUAGCCAACAAUAAGCUGGCCGAUUGGUGCUCGAGGCUGGAGGGCGAGUCGAAAGACCCGAAGCGGGCGUCGAAGUACGGAGCCAGUGUCAGCCGCGAGGAAUUCCGGGCUCUCUGUGUCGACCUCGAGUACGAGGGCGACGUGGACCAGCUCUGGUCCUGCUUCGACAUCGAGUGCGACGGCAAGGUCGACACGAAGGCGGUGCGCGCCUUUGCCGAGGCCAGGUCCGAAGAGAAGGCGCUGCCCCGCCUGCUCGCGAAGCACGCGGAGAGGAGGCAGGCCCUGUUCCGGAAGCAGCUGCAGGGGGCGAGGCUGCCGGCUCCGGCGGACGUCGCGGCCAAGCAGGACGAGCUGCGGCGCUCCGCGCGCAGGGCCCGGGCCGCGGCGGGCCGGGGCAGGUCCGCGCGGGAGGAGUUCCUCGCGUGGCUGCGCGCGCAGAGCGGCACCGUCACGAGGGCCUGGCGGCUGCUGCUCGACCCGGAGGACUGGGGCGACCUCGACGAGAGCGAGUUCGUGGGAGUGCUCUCGCAGUGCGGCUACUUCCGCCCCGAGGACGAGGGCUCCGACGACGACAGUCCUCCAGGGCACGAGCUCUUCAUGGCUGUGGCCCACAAGGUCAAAGGGGGGGGCGAGGGGGGCAAGGAGGGCGGCGCCGAGUGGCUCGUCUCGCUGCAUGACCUGGACCCCGGGUGCAGAGACGCGGUCGAGGAGUUCAAGACGCAGUGCCGGGCACGCUACGGGAGCGUGGUCCGGGCAUUCGAGGAGGUCGACCCCGACAGCACCGGCACGGUGAGCACCACGUCUUUCAAGGCGUGGUGCAUCGAGAUGAACUGCAGCAAGUGCCUGAAGCGGCUUCUGGACUACCUGGACGCGGGCGACGUCGGAGAGAUCAAGCUCGAGGACAUAGACGAGGACGCGGCGUCGCAGAAUCAGGAGGCCGCAGAUAAGCGCAGGCAGAUGGAGGACGAGUGGCGGGAGCAGGACGAGGAGAAAGGCAGGAUCCCGUUCAAGGAGCCGCCCCCCAUCGGCAUGCGGGUCGGCGUGGAGGCCCGCGCCGAGGAGCGGGCGGCGCAGGCGGGCCGCAGGGCCGCGGGCGCCGUGAGGCAGAAGCUGGCGCGCAAGUACGGGACGCUGCUCGGCGCAUGGCGCAAGUCUCUGAGCACGACGGGCAGUCGGUCGGUCGACAUUCACCACUUCGUCAGGGCGUGCGAGAAGGCUGGCAUCGCGCGAGAUGAGGCGACGAAAGCCUGGGAGGGCAUGGGCCUGCAGGACACCUGGAUGACUUUUGACACCCUUGAUCCCAGCAUGAGGAAAGGUCUGAGGAGCUUCAAGGAGUGCCUGAUCUCGAGGUACGGCUCCCUCAGGGCUGGUCUUGAUAUCGCGGACAAGAACCGUGAUCUAACUCUGAGCAAGCAGGAGUUCCUCGCGCUCUGCUACGACUGCCAGUGGAAAGGCAACGAGCAUCAGCUGUUCGAGUACCUGGACACCGCGCAGUCAGGCCUCGCGGACCUCUGCAGGGUCGACCGGCGGACAGGCCUCGAGGUGAAGAGGAAGCGGCAGGCCGAGGCCCGGGAGAGGAAGGCGAGGGAGAGGCGGAAGCUGAAGAGGGCGGCGGAGGAGGCGGCGGCCGCUGGGGCCACGGGCUCGAGGGCGAGGGCCGCCGCCAAGCUCCCGGACGUCGAGGGAGCGGCCUCCCAGGCACCCGGCGGCCAGCCCUCCCGACCGAGCCGCAGGCCCGCGGGGGCGCACAGCGCCAGCACGCUGAGCCCGGGCCCCUCGACGCGGACGGCGCUGUCGCUCCCCGAGAUGGCCAGCCUCGGCAGCCUGGGCAGCGCGUGCGCGGGGUCCCGCCCGCGCCUGGUCCGGCUGAGGAAGAUCCGCUCGCUGCCCGUUCUGGCGCUGCCGAAGCCCUCCUGGGAUCACCGGCAUCAUGUACCCGACACGCCAUUGAACAGGCUCGAGAACAUGGUCCAUCAUGCUACAUCCAUUGGUACACACAAAGACAGGCUGGCGCAUAACAUGGAUCUCUUGGAGCGGGAGCUGCCCAUCAAGGAUUGGAUACGGCAGCAAAUGGUGGCCAAGAGACGGCACGAAGAGCAGCUGAAACAGGCGGCGAGGGAUGAGUAUCCCAGCGACGACGACGACGAUUGGUGACGGCUCCAGCUUUGCGCUAGAUGCACGUUGCACCCUUACCUGACGGCUGUCACCACGCAUGAAGAGGGAGGCCGUCCCUUUCAACAUCUGCCUUCCGUUUCGCUCCCUUGGCAGUGGAGUUUGUUCAAGCACCGCCAGACUGGCAGCUUCCCAACACCCGCGCAGCCUCCAAACGGAGCUGCCGGGUGCUUGGCGCGCGUCGAGGCCCACAGCGGCCCGCGCGGGAGCAGGCCAGGCACCCGAGGUGACCAGAGGUCUUCCAGGGCCUGCGCCGUCACAUGCGCUCCGACGGCUCCGCGCUGGCGAACGGGCGACGCUGUCAGCAGAGGUGGGCAGGAGCCGCAGCAUGCAUCGAGGGGAGGGUGCACUCUCCUCCUGAGCCCCUGCCUUGAAGCAGUGGGCGCGGAGCUCGCCCAGGCCGUUGCCCCCCCCUUCAGCCCACGCGGGCUGGUCCUUGCAACGGGGAGGCCUCCGCGCGGGCACAGAACGCCUUGGCCCGGCCCCCUGGCGCGCGAUCUCGCGCGGCUGGCCUGCGCGCGCUGGCCGCCGCGCUCGUGCCGAGCGCGGCGCUCGAGGGGAGCGAGGCCGCGGACGAG